AUGAAGACGGGGCAUUUUGGAGUCGAUGUGUGCAUGGGGUGCGCAUUGAUUGAUUUGUUCGCAAAGGGCUUUGGUGAUUUAGAUUCUGCCCGGAAGGUGUUUGAUAAAAUGCCGGUGAGAAAUCCUAUUUCUUGGACUCUGAUGAUGACGAGGUUUAAGCAGAUGGGUUCUCCUAGAGACUCGAUCCUCUUGUUUCUCGAUAUGAUUGAUGCGGGUUUCGUGCCCGACGGGUUCACUUUAAGCAGUUGCUUAUCGGCUUGUUUGGAGUUGGGGCUGUUAGCCGUUGGGCGUCAGCUGCACACUUGGGUCAUCAAGAACGGUUCUUUAUGGGAUGCCUGUGUGGGCCGUGGUUUAGUGGAAAUGUACUCCAAAUGUGCUGUAAAUGGGUCUAUGGACGAGGCAAGGAAAAGUUUCGACCGAAUGCAGGACCAUAGCGUCAUGUCGUGGAAUGUAAUCAUCACGGGUUAUGUUCAGAGUGGAGGCCAUGACUAUGAAGCUAUUGAGCUGUACUGUAGAAUGAUAACCGAUGGUGAAGUCAAGCCGGAUCAUAUUACUUUCAGUAGCCUGUUAAAAGUGUGCAGGAAUCUUUUUAAUCUGAAACUCGGUGAACAAAUUUACUGCCAUGUAGUGAAAUUGGGUCUUUCUUCCGUAAAUUCUGUCGUUAGCUCUCUUAUCAACAUGUACACUAAAUGCCAUAGAAUGGAAGAGGCGCGAAAAGCAUUUGAAUUAUUGUUCAACCGGAUGCAGGAGCAGGACCAUAGCGACAUGUCAUGGAAUGUAAUCAUCACGGGUUAUGUUCAGAGUGGAGGCCAUGACUAUGUAGCUAUUGAGUUGUACUGUAGAAUGAUAACCGAUGGUGAAGUCAAGCCGGAUCAUAUUACUUUCAGUAGCCUGUUAAAAGCGUGCAGGAAUCUUUUUAAUCUGAAACUCGGUGAACAAAUUUACUGCCAUGCAGUGAAAUUGGGUCUUUCUUCCGUAAAUUCUGUCGUUAGCUCUCUUAUCAGCAUGUACACUAAAUGCCAUAGAAUGGAAGAGGCGCGAAAAGCAUUUGAAUUAUUGUUCAAGAAGGAUUUGGUCUCGUAUAACACGUUGGUUUAUGGUUAUGCUAGAAAUUUGGAUUUGGAUGGAGCUUUUGAACUUUUUAAUCAAAUCGAGAAGAAUUCUGAUGUCAAGGUUGAUGCUUUCACGUUUACGAGCCUCCUGAGUGGGACCGCUAGUAUCGGGGCCAUCGGGAAAGGCGAGCAAAUACAUGCCCGGUUGAUAAAAUCGGGCCUGGACUCCGAUCUAUGCAUUUCCAAUGCCUUGGUCUCUAUGUACACUAGGUGUGGCAACGUCGAGGCUGGAUAUCAGAUUUUCAAGGAGAUGGGAAGUCGAGACGUAAUAUCUUGGACGUCAAUCAUCUCCGGUUUUGCCAAUCACGGUUUUGUGGAGAAGUCCUUGGAACUAUACAAACAGAUGCUCGAUUGUGGCGUUACACCCGAUGAGGUAACUUUAAAUGAGUGCCAAUUGCUGGACAAUGCUCUCGACAACAAACUCAUAGCUCUAGCAAAGCCCGCCUUAGAGAAGAGUGUUCCCGUGUACAUUCAGUCCCCAAUCUGCGACAUGAAUCGGGCAGUCGGGACCAUGCUGACCCACGAGGUGAGCAAAAGGUACCAUCUUCACGGGCUGCCCAAUGAUACAAUCCACGUGAAGCUCAAUGGUAGCGCGGGCCCAAGCUUCGGCUCCUUCCUUUGCCCCGGCAUCACCCUCGAGCUUGAAGGCGAGAGUAAUGAUUAUGUCGGCAAAGGGUUGUCGGGUGGAAAGAUUGUCGUGUACCCGCCUAGGGAGAACGGGUUUGACCCCAAGGGUAAUAUAGUCAUUUGCAAUGUGGCGCUCCAUGGAGCCACGAGCGGGGAGGCUUAUUUCAAUGGAAUGGCGGGUGAGAGGUUUGCCGUUGGGAACUCCGGAGCUCAGGCGGUGGUCGAAGGCGUGGGGGACUAUGGUUGUGCGUACAUGACCGGUGGGAUUGUCGUAGUCUUGGGCCGGAUCGGAAGGAAUUUUGGCGUGGGCAUGAGCGGGGGCAUAGCGUAUGUACUCGAUGCUGACUCGACUUUCCGGUCGAGGUGCAAUGUGGAGCUGGUGGAUCUCGCCCCGGUCGAGGAGGAGGAUGACGUGUUGACUCUCAGAAUGAUGAUACAGCAACACCGACGCCACACGGGGAGCCAGCUCGCCAAAGAUGUGCUUGCCGAUUUCGAUGCGCUUCUGCGGAAGUUUGUUAAGAUUCGUCCAUAUGCACCUGUUUUUGGCGCCAGGCUUGUCGCGACAGAUGGGAGUGACGGCGUGCUUACGCGGGCAUCGCCUUGGCUGGGGCACGACAAGCCUCCCCCCCGGACGAGUGAGUUCUCUAGGAACAUACGAAGAACCUGA